AUAUUUACACGGGUGGGAAAAGGUCAGGGGUUCUCCCUGAAGGUCAGAGACGACCUCCUCAUAUCACAGCCGCCGCCUUUAUAAAGCAGCCGCAGCGCAGAGGCCGACACUCAGAGCCGAGUCACCGACGACCUCACGCCUCUCCAGAGCAGCAGAACGCAGCACCAUGCCUACCGAAUUCCCCGCACUAACUGCUGAGCAGAAGAAGGAGCUCCAUGACAUCGCUCAGCGCAUCGUGGCCCCCGGGAAGGGUAUCCUGGCCGCCGAUGAGUCCACAGGCAGCAUUGCCAAGCGCCUGAGCUCCAUCGGAGCGGAGAACACAGAGGAGAACCGCCGUGGCUACCGCCAGCUGCUCUUCACCGCUGACGAUAGGGUCAACCCCUGCAUCGGUGGUGUCAUCACCUUCCACGAGACCCUGUACCACAAGACUGAUAAUGGCACUCCAUUCACCAAGGUCAUCAAGGACAAGGGUGCCAUGGUUGGCAUUAAGGUGGACAAAGGUGUCGUUCCCCUCGCCGGAACCAACGGAGAGACCACAACACAGGGUCUCGACGGCCUCUCCGAGCGCUGCGCUCAGUACAAGAAGGACGGAGCCGACUUCGCCAAGUGGCGCUCUGUGUUGAAGAUCUCCGAGCACACACCCUCUCCCCUCGCCAUCCUUGAGAAUGCCAACGUACUGGCCCGCUAUGCCAGCAUUUGCCAACAGAACGGCAUCGUCCCCAUUGUGGAGCCCGAGGUCCUCCCCGACGGUGACCACGAUCUGAAGAGGUGCCAGUACGUGACUGAGAAGGUCCUGGCCGCUGUGUACAAAGCCCUCAGUGACCACCACGUCUACCUGGAGGGAACCCUGCUCAAACCCAACAUGGUGACACCUGGCCAAGCCUGCACCAAAAAGUACAGCCCCGCUGAGGUCGCCAUGGCAACAGUUACCGCCCUGAGGCGCACCGUGCCUCCCGCAGUCUCCGGCAUCACUUUCCUGUCUGGAGGUCAGAGUGAGGAGGAAUCCACAGUUCACCUGAACGCCAUCAACAAGUGCCCCCUGCACAAGCCCUGGCCCCUGACCUUCUCCUACGGCCGCGCCCUGCAGGCCUCUGCCCUCAAAGCCUGGGGGGGCAAGAAGGAGAACAUCAAGAGCGCUCAAGAGGAGUACACCAAGCGCGCACUGGCUAACAGCCUGGCUGCCCAAGGCAAGUACGUGCCCUCCGGACAGGCGGGAGCCGCAGCGGGAGAGUCUCUGUUCGUGUCCAACCACGCCUAUUAAACGUCGCAUCCCUCGUUCUUUGUGUCACUGGCGGCUGCUUCUGUAUAGUGUAGUGUGAGCCCCCCCAGCUCUGCAGGGCAUGAAGCCAAUAACUGCUAUUCCCACCUGCAGAGUGUUACACAGUUAACCUUCCCUAUGCUGGAGAAAGAAAGAGAGUGACCGGCGGAGUGUCGCCGCUCUGCUGGCUGUUGUGUGGAAGUGCAGUAGGUAUGAAUGGUGAGUGCGAUGGCUUUAGAGUGCGUGUGCUGAUGUCUCUGUGCUCGGCUCUGAGUCACGUCUAAUUUAUGUCACUCCUAGUGAAACCUCAAUAAAGCAGGUAGAUGAACCACC